AUGCCCAAGGAAAUGGGGGGAGAGGAGAAAGAGGUGUCUUGUGUUAUCAUUCCCAGCUGCGUGGUGGUUGCUGCCGAGGAGGAGCUUGCUCCCCUGCUGAUUUGCCGGCUGCUGGGAGGAGAUGUUGAGAAGAUGAAGGGGGGCGGACUGGGCGAUGACUCCACAGCAUUGCCCCUCACCCCCGCCAGCCCUCCCUUCCCCUCGGAAGGGACCCCAGCGGGGCCAGGCUCCAGGGAUGCAGUUGUCCCCAGGCCAGCUCCUGGCCAGCCCUUGCUGCCCACGUCCACGGGACCUGCCGGAGAUGGGGCGUCCUCCAGGCUGGCGGAGGGGAACGGCCACAAUGCCACCCCCACGGCGGCACCGUUCCCUGCUCCUGCCUCCGUCACCGUGAGCUCCAUCACUGGGGCCACCAUCACCAUAACAGACAGCCCAUCCAUAGCCUCCAGCCCCAGCUCGGUGCCACCAACCUUGGAGACGGCCCCGGGUCUUCGGACAGCAAAUACUGCCAGCUUGGCAAGCGGCACGAUGGAUUUGGGGGCAGCUCCCAGCCCCACGGGUAUACCUGCAUCCUUCUCCUCCUCCUCCCUCCCCACCAGCGACCUGUACUCAUCCCCCGGGACGGUCUUGUCCCCAGCGCCUGUCCUCAUGAGCCCCAGCACCACCCAGCCACCGGCGCUGACCAAGGGCGUCCCUUCCCUGGGGACGCUGGCCAUGGCAUCAAGCCUGGCUGUGGAGCCGACGUCACCCUCGGUGACUGUGACAAGCCCCACUGCAGCCGAGGCCGUGGCCACCGGCAAAACCACCCUCUCCACUGGAGUCACCAUGGAAGAGGUCCCGCACGCUUUGAGUGCAGGUGAGCACCACCGCUCUCCGUAUGCAUAUAUAGAUACAACGUCAACCUCAAGGCACUCCUCCUACGGCAGGCUUUUGGAUGACCACGACUACGGCUCCUGGGGCAACUACAACAACCCUCUCUAUGACGACUCCUAGCAGGGACGAAGCAAAAAAAAAAAAAAAAAAAAAAUCCUUAAUUUAUAAGCGCUUCUGCAGCAGAGCAUCCGCUGUCGAGGAGAUGCCCGGGCGCUGAGCCACUGCUGCGGGCAGGAUUCUGGUGGGUCCAGAGGACGACAGGCGACCGGAGGGUGGGCGUGCGGCACCCACAAUAAACCUGAAUUUUGGCCUUUG